AAACAUAAACCAAAGGGGCUACAAACACCAUCAACACCGCUGAGACCCCAAGCCGACACACAGCACAGCGCGCACAAGGUUGGAAGCUCCAUCGAAGUAAGUCGUGUUGGGUUCGGUUGGCACGUAGCCGAGCGACGAUCGAGGUUGUUUGGUUGUGUGGCUUCUGGUAUGAGCCAGAAGUUAAGAAGCGGAUGGUCAGCAGCAGCCCUACUUGCGUGAUGAUUGUCCAGUGUUGGAAAAGUGCAGUACUGUGAGCAUAAAUCUCACAAAGUAAUUGAUCAAUUCGAGAGUAAUUCGAUCGGUUUACCUUUCGGUGAUCGUGUGUGGUGCGUUUGUGUCUGUGUAGUUGCUGCAAGAUAGUAGCAGAGUAUGUUGCGUACUUCUAUGCUGAGUGAGAUGCGCACGAUCGUGCUCUAAUAGUGGCCGUGGUGGCAAUUAUGUUAACCGUUAGUUAGAGGUCGUCGUCAUCGUCGUCAUCAUCGGUAGAAUUAGCUGGUUGAAAAGCUCGCUCGCUUGUGAAUCAUCGCUCAUACGGCAGAGUGUGUGAAGACACGGUCACAUCGUACGUCGAUCGAUCGUGAUCGUCCCAUGAUAGCACGGUUGGGUUGCGUCCGAAGUACAAUACAUCACGCCCUGCAGCUCGCGACGACGCGCGCCCCGCCACGCAAUGCCACGGAAGUUACUGAAAUUUCUCAUUCUCUUCGACAACACGUCGCUGCUGUACUUCCCGGGUCAGUUCCUGUCCGGGCGGGUUCUGCUUGAGCUGCAGGACGACACACCGGUGUUGGGACUCCAUUUCCAUGUUGUCGGUGAAUGCGUCGUGCGUGUGCGUUCGACCCGGCAUGAGCGAUCGUACGACAAAGAGAACUACAUCGACUUUCGGAUGCGGCUGCUCGGAGACUCCGACAACCAGGGGCCAACGGUGCUGUCACCCGGCAUACACAGUUUCCCGUUCAAGCUGGGCCUACCGGUCGAUUUGCCGUCGACUUUCCUAGGCCGGUAUGGCUGGGUGCAGUACUACUGUAAGGCCGGUCUCCGUGAGCCAUCCGGAUUGAUCCACAAGAACCACCAAGUGUUCAUCGUGAUGAAUCCGAUCGAUCUGAACCUCGAGCAGCCCUACCUGGCGGACCCUUUCAAGUGCAACAUUGAGCACAAUCUGGGAAUGGCGUGCGUCGGAGGGGGAAUUGUUAAAUGUAAAAUCAUCCUGGAUCGCGGUGGAUACGUUCCGGGCGAAUCGAUCAUGAUUAACGCCACCGUAACGAAUGCCAGCAGUGUUACGAUCAAAUCGACUAAAGCAGCUCUCACAGAGACGAUACAAUACUUUGCCCGUGAUAAGAUCAUGCAGACGGAAAAGCGUGAACUGGCGGUGAUAGCACGCGGUAAGAUACGCGCCGGUCAUAGGGACGAGUGGCAGAAUGAGUCACUGUACGUUCCACCACUUCCACCGACAAACCUGCGCGGUUGCCACCUAAUACGGAUUCAGUACGACGUUUGCUUCCUCAUCGAACCGAAAUCGUUGGAAAAGCAGAUUAAACUGCAGCUACCCAUCACACUCGGUACGUACCCGUUCAAGACGGCCGACGGUGACGAUACGAACGAGUGGGCCGAAACGAUCUACAAACCGGAAACGCACUAUCCGUCGACGUUGCCCAUCUUUCGACCGUGGUUGCAUGAGAAAAACGAUCAAAAAUAGCGUGCAACAGCGUAAGCAACAGCCAGCACCUGUGCUGGUCAGCACACAGAUUCGCUUGGCGCAACGAAAUGGCCGGUUACCGGUGCCAUACAUGGAAAACUUAGUAAAUUAAACUUUUAAAACGUUAAUCACGCCGACAGAAUGCGAACUUGUGCAUCGUUCCAACUGUGAAGCAAUAGACGUGUAAGGUAAUAGAUCAUAAUGCAUAUUAAAUAAAGUUCAUCACUAUACCUUUUUACAAA